CUUGCCGAUAUUUUCUUCCAUCUCCCUCAGUAAAUUCUCAAUAGGCUGAUUGACAACAAAAGGCAGUACUUUGAGGAGCAUUGUUGUUACCAAUGAUUCUCUGUAAAUAAGUGUUCUGUAUCGAGAGCCUGUAAAAGUAAUUUACACCGUGGAGGAAAAAAUAUGAAGAGACGGAAUGCCGAAAGUGGCAAGAUGCGGCGCCCCCUAAAGCGCACAAAAAUCACCGAAGGAAUGUAUGGAAAUUCAUUGGUGUACCUAAAGUUUGUGAUGCUGUGGGCGACGGUAGUGAUGGCCGACUACAUGCUGGAGUUCAGAUUUGAGUUCCUGUGGCCGUUCUGGAUGAUGCUGCGAUCAGUGUACGACUCAUUUAAAUAUCAAGGGCUUGCAUUUUCAGUGUUUUUCAUAUGCAUUGCCCUGACUUCCGACAUGAUAUGUUAUUUCUUCAUACCUCUGCAGUACAUAUUUUUUGCUGCAAGUACCUAUGUUUGGGUACAGUACACAUGGUAUACAUUCGCAGACAAAGGGCUCUGUUUGCCCACGGUGGCGGUGUGCUGCCUCGUGCUGUGGAUCGAGGGCGCGCUACGCAUUGAGCGCGUGGGCGUGGGCGUGGGGCUAGGCGUGGGCGCCGGGCUGUGUCGGCCGCUGGCAGCUCAUGCAGUGGGAUACCCGGCUGUCACGCUCGGGUUUGGAGUAAAGUCGUACGUGAGCCACCGGCUGCGGCUGCGCAGACAGCGGCGCGUGCGCGCGGAGAACGAGUUCUACUUCCAGCUCAUGCGCGACGCGCUGCCCGAGCCCGCGCCCGACCAGCAACCUGUGGCCAGCCCGGCGCCGGCCAAGGAGGCGGAGUGCGAGAAAAUGAACGGCUCCGUCAAGCGGCGCUGCGCCAAGGAGCAGAACGGGCACUGUCCCACGUCGCAGGAGCACGCGCAACUACAGUUUAAGUUAGAUAAGCUAGAGAAGCACUUGGCGGCGGCCACGGCGGCGUCGGCGCGGCCGCACGCGCAGACCAACGGCGCGCCGCCCGGUCCGCAGACAGACGACGCGCAAACCAACGGGAAGGGUUGUUCGAAGUCGACAAAGUGUGAAAAGAAAGAGGCUAACACAAUAAAAGAAGAAAAAAAGAAGAAUAAAAACAAAGAUAAAGAUAAGGAAAGCAGUGAUAGUAAUAAGAGUACCGAACAGUUGAAAGAACAAACUAUAGUUAAAGAAGUAGAAAGUACAAAAGAAAGUGUAAAAAAUAAAGAGUGCAAUGGUUACAAAGAUAAAGAAAAAGAAAGAGAGAAAGAAAAAGAGAAGGACAAAGAAAAGGAAAAAGAGAAAGAAAAGGACAAAGAACGGGAACGUGAAUCGCGUGAAUCCCGAGAAACAAAAGAGUCGCGUGAAGCGCGCUCCCUCUCGGAGGAGGUGCGGCGAUUGCGAGCAUCCGUUGCGAGCGCGCUGCGAGGCGAGGCCGAGGCGCGCCGCGCGCUGGCCGCGUGCGCCGCCGCCGACCGCCAGCGCCGCGCCGACCACCAGCAGCUGAAGCAGGCGCACGCCGCGCUGCAGCACAAGUGA